AUGAGUAGCCUAAUCAAUUACGGACCACACAAUUCAUGCGCAUUAGGAGUAAAUGUCUGUUCAAUCCAGCAGCGACGAGAUCCUUGCGCAGGCUCGAGUGUGAGCCAGAUCAGAUUUUCAGUUCGCGGCUCUCUUUCCUGCAGCCCCAGUAGACUUAAAUCCCCAGCUACCUACAAUUUAAUCGUCUUGCUUCGAGCUUUGACGCUACAAGCGGUGCACACGGUUUGGCCUUUCGCUUGGAGGAUACCCCCUCGGGUAGUGGUGCGCCUGGGCUUAUCAAUAGUAUUCCCUUUCUGGCUGAUUAGCAGAGCCUAUGGGGCCCUUGGUGGCAAUGAUAGUGGAUUCACAGCAGCAGGGAACCCGAUAGCUCGGAUCGAACGGAAGUAG